GGUAUCAAAAAGUUUCUUAAAUACUUUAAAUUCUAAGAGAUUAUUGGAUUCUCUCUGACAUACCUAUACUAGUAAUCAAAAUCUAGAUGAUAACAUUGAUAAAUAAUUGGUUUGACACACUCUCUUUAUUGCUAUCUUUUAUAAUCAAGAUGAAAGGAAGGAAAUGGAGAACGUUCACAUUAUGGUAACUCAUCUAUAAUGCCCUCUGUCACUUUAUAUUGAGAUGGAUAUACUUGUGAUUGAAACUUAAAGAAGACAAUGUGACUGCAAGAAAAUUUGGGUCAUAAAAAGUAUGAUUGUAGUAACCAACCUCUCUCAUUGUGUAUAUUUGUACUACAGCAUGUUUCUGCUUGAUAUGUUGUCUAAUAUGCAUCCUAUUCCUCCUGCAACUUGCAAUAAACAUACAUGUGCAGGAAACAGAGCAGAGAUGAACAUUGCAGAGUCUAACGACAAAUUUGACUUGGAGAAACUUGUUAUGACGGCACCUGGGGAUAGAGCUUUCUCCAUAGGAUCUUUAUCAUCUCUACCUAAAGUUAAAAGAAGCAGCACUGCAAGCCAGUUGAGAGAUUUUCUUCCUGCAAAUCAUUCUUCUCUGACAUCUUCUGGGGGAAAUCAUACUCUGAAAUGGUCACAUUCAACUGAUACCAGAAGUGAUGAGAAAAAAAUUCUAAUUUCCGGAAGGAAAAAUUUUCAGUAUGAAAAUUGCGAAACAGUUGAUUUGAAUUGUGAUAUUUUAUUGAACAAAAAGUCUAGCAAAGAGGAGGUUUUGGUGCCUUUUUCUGUGAAGAGGCGUAAGGUAUUAGAGUUAGAACAUGAGAAUGAGCAGCAUGCAUCUGUUGCUGGUAAAUCUCAAUCAAGUGAACCUUCUAUCAGUAGAUCAGUAAAACAUGAAAAUCCACAGAUGUUUUAUGGCAGCAACUUAGAGAAUGGUCACGUUUCUUCACAAUUUCUAUCCAAUGCUGAUGGGAAGGUGCGGGCUAGAGGAGCUGACUUUUUCAGUCUGGAAAACAAAGAUGUUCAUGUUAUUGCUGGAUCUUGUGAUGACAGUGAGACCAGAGGAUCUGCUUUUUUGAUUCAGGUGAUGUUCUUCCAUUCCUUUUCCUUUAUCAUAUGGGAAUAUAUAAUUCCAUGGAUCACUGUUCACUUUCAUCAUACAUAAUGAAUGAAAACAUGGAAUUCUGACACUGCACCAGAUUCUAACUCUUAGGACCCUAUUUAGUUGUCAAAAACUGUUUCUGUUUUUCAUUUUGUAAAUUCUUAUAUGCUUAUAUACAAAAAGAUUAUUGGAAAUGAAAACCAGUUUUAGAACAUUGAUAAUGAAAAAAUGGCAUGAGCUUGAAAACAAACAAGGUCUAAAUAUCUUUAACUGCAAAAUGUCUUUGAGCUUUUUGGCGCCUGACCUGAUUUAUUAUGCGUGAGAAAGGAAGGAGUGGGGUUAUGUCAAGGUCCCUACUUUAUGAUUUUGUUAUGGGAUGAUUAACAUAGAAAUUAGAAGCCAGAGAUGAUGAAUACUUCCUCGAUUUUGUUCCUUUAUUUCCUAUUUUGAAUAAUUUUAUGGGCUUAUUGAGAAAUAACUCAGUGAUCUCCAAGAGUAAGAAAGUACUUGAAACCUUUUUGGAACAUCUUCUCUGCUGCCCAUUCAUUCUUAUGGAGAAAUUUUAUUCUUGGAGAAAAUCCAGAAAAGUAAUUCUACCCUAGACUAGAGACUGCCUGCUUUAGAAAAAAAAAACUGUAAACAUUUAAACACAAUAAAUCUGUCAUACAUGACAUGUGACUCUAAACUACUUGAACAGAACACCAAUAAACCCAGAAAACAGCUAUAGAAAAAAUGUGGUGAUGAAAUAGAAUAGAUGAGACCAAAGUAACAGAAUUAUACACUAAUACUUGGACGUUACAUGAGCACUUUAGCAUCUGUAGUUAUUCUUCUUUCUUCUUUCUUGGCAAUUGGAUUUAACUACAUCCUUGUGGUAAGUGUAAGGUGAGCCAACUUAUAUUGUUACUCUUUUGUUGCUUGGUUCAAACUUAUUCUAUUUCCAUUCAAUUUCUAAAUAUUAAUUGUUUGAUAUAUAGAAGUUAGUAAUAAAUUAUAAAAUUGAUGCAUAACUUAAUCAAGUUCAUUCAUAUUUUUAAUUCAAUUUGUAUUCCUUCAUGUCAAAGGAGGAAUUGCCAAACUUUAAUUAGAUCUGAAAUUGAUUUGGAAGUAGAAUGCUACCUUAGUUCAGACUUUUAUCUUACUUAAUAUUAUGCUUGUUGGUACGUUAUAAAAUUGACCAAGCUCAAUGUUGAAUAUUUGGAAGUUUCUACCUGAUGCUUAAACAACAUGGAAACAUCUUGUUUCUUUGUCUCUUCAUCAAUCAAUCAUUUCAAAGAGUUGCUGAAUAUCAUUAAACCACUUUAAACCCCUCCCCUCACAUGGGCUGUCCCCUUUAAUUCCUCUAUGUGUUAGAUUCUUGGUUACAAAACCUUCUUGUAGAAAUUCUUUUGGCAAAAUCAUUUGAAUCCUUUAUUAUAUUCAAAUGUCAAUACAUGUGCCUUUUUUUUCUUUUUUCCUUUCGGUUGGGGGGAAUGCCUGUUCCUUAGCCUAGUUGAACUUAUUGUUAGAUGUCCUGCAGCAGUAUGUUCCAUCUAUUGCCGUGAAUGGAAACCCUUCCCAUUUAUUCAUAAGUGCGUACGGGAGACGGUACUUCACAUGCGAUAACAAAUCUUUUGAUCUAGUUUGUGAAGGAAGGAAGGUGGAAGGGUUGAGAAUCUAUGAAAAUGGGAAGGGUUUUCGAAAAUCAAUCUUUCUAGAUAAGGGGGAACUUAAAUGGUUCGUGGAUGGCCUGGAAAAGUUUUGGUGGAAAAGAAAGAGGGGUGUAUGGACGAAGCAUCUAGUGAGAAGGAGUUACGAGCUCUAGUUGACGUGUGGAAAAAAUAAUCGAGGUGAAUAUUUAGUUUUGUCAGUGAAUGGAAACCAGAAGGCAAAGAGGAUUUUCUUUCCUCAGGGCAAGAAUGGAAGGGGUUGGAGGAAGCUUAUUGUCAUGGCUUUUGAACUUGUGAACCGCCCUAUUAAAAAGCCUCGAACCAAGGAUAUGCCUUCAAUAGUAACGAAGUUAUUAAAAGCUUGUAGGCGAUAAACAACUUAAAAUGGACUGUUUUACUGGCAAAUGGCACUGCUGAGGGUAUGGUGAUGUUGUGGAGGGAGGACAAUGUCAGCUGUGAUAAGGUGUGAUUAAAAAUUGUACGAUCUCAUGUAGGUUUAAAUGUAGCCGAGGGGGUUUGAGUGGACCUAUACUCUGUUUACUGUAGAGGAAAUAGAGAGGAAAGGAAGAUAUUGGAGGAGUGCAAAAAUAUGUGGCGUGAUAAUUGGAUAGUGGGGGGAGAUUUCAAUAUGAUUUUGAGUAAGGAGGAACAUAAUGGAUGCAACUUCUCUUUAUCUGUAGCUAGUGACUUUAAAGAGAAUAUUGAUUUAUUGAAUCUUGUCGAUAUUCCCCUUGGUGGAGGACAAUGACCUGAUCCAAUCAAAGAUGUUGGUCUCGGCUUGUUCGCUUUUUGGUUUCUUCUGAUCUCUUACCACAAUUGGGAGGGGUGUGCCAAAAAGUCCUCCAACGGCCCAUCUCCGAUCACUUCCCCAUAUGCCUUGUGGCUGAGGGUAUUUUUUUGGUGCCCUAUCCCAUUCAGAUUGGAUAACAGAUGGUUGGAGAAGGAGAAUUUUAGCUUUUUGGUGGAAUCUGUGCGGAACUCUACCUCGGUGCACGGCUGUGCUAGUUUCAGAAUUGCUCGUAAACUUAAAGCAAUUAAGAAUGCGGUCAAAACUUGGGCCAAAGAGAAGAUUGAAAAGGAUAAAAUGGAAUCCAACGACAUUCUAGAGGAGAUUGAUGGAUUAGAUUAUAAAGAGGGUGUUGACAGGCUUUCUGAUGAUGACAGAGCAAGAAGGGACUACUUGAAAGUUAAGCUGGCUACUAUUUUAAAAGUAGAGGAAACAUCUUGGAGGCAGAAUUCUAGGGAGAAGUAGAUCAAAGAAGGGGACCGUAAUACCAAAUAUUUCCAUGCUAUUGUGUUGCAUAAAAGAAGAAUCAAUUAUAUCAGCGAAGUUUGGGUCGGUAAUAGUGAUAUAAAGGGGAACAAUGAGAUUAGAAAGGCUGCCAAGAGUUUCUUUCCUAAUCUGCACAUGGAACCUUUCAAUAAAAGACCUACUUUGGAUGGGCUGGAGAUUAAAAGGUUGUCCCUAGUUAGCAAACAGUUUCUGGAGGCAGCGUUUACAGAAGAGGAGGUUCUAGAAUGUCUAAAAUCUGCUAAAGGAAAUAAAUAUCCGGGGCCCGACGGGUUUAAUAUGAAAUUUGUCCAUGAAUGUUGGCAUUUGAUCAAAGAGGAUGUGAUAUGUAUGUUUAAUGAAUUACAUAAAUCCGGAAGGUUUGUAAAAUCUCUUAAUUCUACAUUCCUGGUUCUCAUCCCAAAAAAAUAGGCACUAAUGAAUUCAGGGAUUUCCGGUCAAUCAGCUUGGUGGCCUGUAUGUAUAAAUUAAUUGCUAAAGUGUUGGCAAAGAGACUCUCUUGAGUGCCUGGGGAAAUGAUAGGGGAUUGUCAACAUGUUUUUGUCAAAGGAAGGCAGAUUCUGGAGGUUGUCAUGGCUGCUAAUGAAGUAUAUAUGCCAAUAAAAUUGACGGGUUGGUUUGUAAACUCGACAUGGAAAAGGCUUAUGACCAUGUAAGUUGGUAUUUUAUUGACUAUAUGUUGGAUUAUAUGGGUUUCCGUACAAAAUGGAGGAGAUGGAUGUAAUCUUGUAUUACCACUACUUUUGCAGUACUGGUAAAUGGUGGGCCAUUUGAAUUUUUUACUGCUUCCCGUGGGAUUAGACAGGGUGAUCCCUCUCUCCUCUAUUCUUCAUCAUCGUGAUGGAGGCUCUGAAUGGGUUAUUGGGUAAAGCCAAGGAACUGAAUUUAUUGAAAGGUGUCUUGGUUGGGAAAAUGUCAAACGCGAUUGAAGUAUCUCAUCUUUUCUUCGUUGAUGACACACUUAUUUUUUGUCAACCUGAUAUCAGGAAUCUGUGACACCUUCACUGUAUCCUUCAUUGUUUUUAGGCUGCAUCGGGAUUGAAAAUAAACCUCUUAAAAUCAGAGCUUGCUAGAAGUGGGAGUAAUGGGGAUGGCAGCGAAUAUGCCAAGGUCUUGGGGUGCAAGGCAGUGAUGUUUCCUAUGAAAUAUUUGGAAGUUCUUUUGGGGGCCAAAUUCAAAGAUAAGUAUACUUGGGAACUGGUUAUUGAAAUGUUUGAAAAUAGACUUAUGGGUUGGAAAAGGAAUUUUCUAUCAAAGGGAGGCCGCUUUACUCUAAUCAAAAGCACUAUGUCCAACCUCCCUGUUUACUACCUGUCGAUACUCACCAUCCCUAAAGAUAUUGCAAAGAAAUUGGACAAUAUUCAAUGUAGAUUUCUAUGGGGCGACGAAGAUGGAAAAGGAAGUACCAUUUGGUUAAUUGGGAGGAGGUUAAAAAACCGAUUCAUAGUGGUGUUUGGGGAUAAGAUCUCUUGUCAACAUAAAUUUGACUUUUCAAGGAAAAUGGUUAUGGAAGUUUUUGAAUGAAGAUUACGAGCUAUGGAGAAAAAUUGUGCUUGUCCGAUGGGUGAUUUGAAUGUAGUAUGUGAUGGGGCCAGUUGUAGACCUCAUGGACGAGGCUUGUGAAAGAAUAUAAUGAAACAAUGAGUGAGGUUCUACAAAUGUAUUAAAUGGAACCUGGGG